CUGGAUGCUCGUCCUGCCGUGCGAUCUGUAGUGGAGCGGGGCGCAGGGCGAUUGAUCGGGGCGGCAAGUUGCUUCUCCCUGGGCAAGGGCCGUUACACUAGCGCCCUUCCCUUGCUUGGAGACCAACAAACAGAAAAGCCGGGCACUGGAUCGCCGUCCACCUGCAGAAGUGAGUUUUCACUGAGGAAGCGCCGGCCCCCCUCCUGCCAGCCAGCGGCGGGGCUCUCAGAGGGAGCCACUUCUCAGGCCAGGCACGCCAGCCCAGCGGUGCCCGCAAGUCUGGGCAGGCAGGCACCGGCCCCUGCGGGCAGAGCUGCCAGCCUCCACGCCGGGGCUGCCCCCGCAGCGCGACCCUCGGCGCCGGGCGCAUCCUCCUCCAAAGUGAACAGUCACCGGCGGCGGGAGGAGCGUGAUGCUGCAGCGGCUGUGGCAUCUUCUGUCUAGCUUUCUCCCUAGGGCUGGGUGCCAAGGCCCCAGAGAGGGGAACGAUAAUGGAGUCGGAGGCACCCCACCUCCCGCUCAGGGAAACCAGAUGUCCAGCUUUUUGGGGAAACAGGACGGAGGGGCUGAGACCACGGAAAAGAGGCCCACCAUUUUGCUGGUAGUCGGACCCGCAGAGCAGUUUAAGAAAAUUGUACAAGCUGGCGAUAAGGACCUGGACGGGCAGCUCGACUUUGAGGAGUUUGUCCAUUAUCUCCAGGAUCACGAGAAGAAACUGAGGCUGGUGUUUAAGAGUUUGGACAAGAAGAACGAUGGACGGAUCGACGCUCAGGAGAUCAUGCAGUCCCUGCGGGACCUGGGCGUCAAGAUUUCAGAGCAGCAGGCAGAAAAAAUCCUUAAGAGAAUAUGGACGGGCCACUUCUGGGGCCCUGUCACCUACAUGGAUAAGAACGGCACGAUGACCAUCGACUGGAACGAGUGGAGAGACUACCACCUGCUGCACCCCGUGGAGAACAUCCCCGAGAUCAUCCUGUACUGGAAGCAUUCCACGAUCUUCGAUGUGGGGGAGAAUCUGACCGUCCCUGAUGAGUUCACAGUGGAGGAGAGGCAGACGGGGAUGUGGUGGAGACACCUGGUGGCCGGAGGCGGGGCAGGGGCCGUGUCAAGGACCUGCACCGCCCCCCUGGACAGACUCAAGGUGCUGAUGCAGGUCCACGCCUCCCGCAGCAACAACAUGUGUAUCGUGGGCGGCUUCACCCAGAUGAUCCGCGAGGGCGGCGCCAAAUCACUCUGGCGGGGCAACGGCAUCAACGUCCUCAAAAUUGCCCCCGAGUCCGCCAUCAAAUUCAUGGCCUACGAGCAGAUCAAGCGUCUUGUUGGGAGUGACCAGGAGACGCUGCGGAUCCACGAGAGGCUCGUGGCAGGCUCCUUGGCGGGGGCCAUCGCCCAGAGCAGCAUCUACCCCAUGGAGGUUCUGAAGACCCGGAUGGCUUUGCGGAAGACAGGCCAGUACUCGGGCAUGCUGGACUGUGCCAAGAAGAUCCUGGCCAGAGAAGGGGUGACUGCCUUCUACAAAGGCUACGUCCCCAACAUGCUGGGCAUCAUCCCCUAUGCUGGGAUAGACCUCGCUGUCUAUGAGACGCUCAAGAACGCCUGGCUGCAGCGCUACGCAGUCAACAGCGCCGACCCGGGCGUGUUUGUGCUUCUGGCCUGUGGCACCAUGUCCAGCACCUGUGGCCAGCUGGCCAGCUACCCUCUGGCCCUGGUUAGGACCCGGAUGCAGGCGCAAGCCUCCAUCGAGGGCGCCCCAGAGGUGACCAUGAGCAGCCUCUUCAAGCAGAUCCUGCGGACCGAGGGGGCCUUUGGCCUGUACCGGGGCCUGGCCCCCAACUUCAUGAAGGUGAUCCCAGCCGUGAGCAUCAGCUAUGUGGUGUACGAGAACCUGAAGAUCACGCUGGGCGUGCAGUCGCGGUGACGGGAGGGGCCGUGCCCCGUGGACUCGCUGACCCCGGGCGUAGCCCGGGGUAUGUAGCCAUCUCAUUCUGUGAAUGUGCCGACACUAAGCCUAACAGAAGCCCGGCAGAGAGGCCUGGGCCCGCUGCGGAGGGGAGGCAGCCACCGGUGUGUCCUGCUGGCCCUCCACCCCUCGUGGCUACUCCAGGGGAGGCUGAGGGGACUCGGGGGCCAGGGCUCCGCAGGCCUGGGCUCUUCCCGGGGCGGGGUGCUGCCCGCAGAGCCCGCCGGCUGGCAGGGCUGAGGCCAGCUUCUGCGAUCUUCCAUCCGCAUCGGCUGCAGACCCCACCCCAGCCUGUGAGCGCCUCCCUGCCCACCCGGCUUCCUUCCUGGCUGCCGUUUUAAUCUGGUGGGGAGGGGACAGACUGGCCUCCCGUGCUCCUGCGGGCUCCACUCGCCUCGAGCCACAGGGAAAGGUGGCUCCGCCCGACCUUACCACCCCGACUUCCCACCCACGGCGCGGUGCGGGAGCCGGGGGUGUCUGGCUUUGUGCUCGCACACGGCUGGGCUCCCCACAGUGGCGCAUGCGGGGCUGCAUGGCUUCACAGAGGCUGGUGCGCCGCCUGCACCAGAGGCCCUCUGCUCCAGGGCGCGCCCUGCUGGAUUCGGGCAGGAUGGCAGCAGCUCCCCACUGUCCCCUGUGGGCCCAGCGGCUAGCCGGACUCCAGCCUGGCAGGCAGCUUCUGCCCCAGGUCUGCACGCCUGGAGAGAAGGUGCCGAGGACUUGAUCAUGUGCCGCUGAGAAAGAAGAUUCGUUCAGAAAGACGCUGGGCAGAUGUGCAGGUCCUGUGCUUCCAGAGGGGAGGCGAGGCCGCGGCCUGUGCCAGGGCCUGCUGGAUGCCGGGGGUCUGUGGCCAGGCCCAGCGGCCGAGUGGGACCAGCCCACAUUCCACUGACUGCGUGUGCUCCCCACUGCUUGUAAGGAGCCUAUUUAUUUUGUAUUUAUUUGAACAGAGUUAUGUCCUAACUAUUUUUAUAGAUUUGUUUAAUUAAUAGCCUGUCAUUUUCAAGUUCAUUUUUUAUUCAUAUUUAUGUUCCUGGUUGGUUGUACCUUCCCAGGGCUGGCAAGGUGGGUUGGGGAGAGGAGAGGGGUGUGGGGGGGUCCUCCCACUGCAACCCACUCUGAUGUCAGGUCACAUCUGUCCAAAGAAACUCCUCUGGAACUGGUGACGAGAAAGGCAAGGAGGGGGUAGGGCUGGUGCUGGAGAGCAGCAUCCUUCGGCACGUGGGGGCAGAGAUCACCCCCAAGAAGCCGUGAGGUCUGAGGGUUUGGCUGGGGGUG